CGACUCAGUCCCGAGCCUGGUUGCCGACAUCACCAACGAAUAGAAACGUUUUCAAUCUCCAAUUCACCUGGGUAGUGGACUGACGGUUUGAAAAUCUCAAUCGAGGUACAUACUUCAAUCAAUCAAGGGCCUCGAGCAUGAACAAAUGUCCCAAUCACCAUCAUGCCGAUUUUGGUGAUACAAGCGUUGAGCGCUGAACGCUGGUAUAUGAACACUAGAUCGUUAUACACUCCCAACAUUCCCCAUCUUCAGAUAUGACCGUAAUCUUAAAUGAUCCCAGUUGGUGGCCCUUCAUCAAUUCGAGUAUUUUGUAUAGCUAUUGGAUUGUUGCUGCAGGCUUCGUGGUGGUAUAUGAUUGGGUGAUAACACUCGGACAAGAGAUUGACCUCAUUUGGACACAACGCUGGUCUCUGAUGACUGUGCUGUACCUAGUUAUACGCUAUGCUGGAAUACCAUAUUCUGUUGCUACCAUUCUGGAAAACAUUGUGUUUCUCUCGUUGACAGAUGCAGUGAUAAGUGGGACAAAUGUGGUCGUAACUGCCAUGUUGGGCGUCAUCAUGAUUGCUCGGUUGCAUGCCAUGUAUCAGGGAUCUAGGAGGAUGCUUAUCUUCCUUGUUAUCAUCUUCCUGGCCGUAAACAUCGCCUGCACAGUAAUCGCGAUCAUAGUACUCAAGUAUGAUGUUGUAUUGGCGGAACUCAUACUCUCUGGUAUUCAUAUGUGCAGUCAGGAAUUCGAGGGGGAUACCCAGCUUCUGAUGUCAAUGGUCUGGAUCCUCAACACUGUUUGGGAGGUCUUCGCACUGUGUCUUUCAGUCUGGAUCGCUGCGAAGCACUUCCGUGACCUGCGACGACUCGGCCCAUUGACGGGAUCGACCAUCGGGGACUGUUUCAGAGUGCUCCUAGAAUCUCACGUGCUUUAUUUUGCGAGCUUUGCUGGUGUCUCUUGCCUUGAGCUUGUCAAUAUCUCUCCUCCAGAAGUCCAGCAUUCGAAUUCUGCAGCAGCAGAGAUACUCAGUGGUGUUAUGCAAAUUUUAUCGUCCGUGCAGAUGUUUGUGCUGGGACCACGCCUCAUCCUUAGCGUUCGACAAUAUCACGCUAAACUCGUGGCCAAAUCCGACGCAGAAACUAGCAUGAAUUCAAUUGUCUUCCAGGAGCGCGUACAUGUAUCGACUAGUAGUACUGUGUAGGAAACGGAUGGUUGCCAAGCGUUCCGCAUGGGGGAGAUAUUUGGUCGAGGAUUCGUCGUAUUUAUUUCAGUUAUGGUGUCUCAAAGUAUAUUGUAGACGAGGUUUAUGUAGACAAACUCAUUUCUUGUUGUAUCGCUACUGGGAGUCGGUAAUCCAGACUUGCACCAAGCAGCAAGCU